UUAAAGAAAAAAAAAAAAAAAACUAACCACAUCUGUUAACCCAAAGCCCAGAUAUAUCAUUUUAUAUUCAUUACAAAAUUUGUCUUCAUAUAUAUGCAAUGCUUACUGUACAUGGAAGAUAGUUUUCUAUAUUAUCUGCUCUGCCUUGUGUUUUCUGUAUCGAGGUAUACUGAUUUUGCUUCACUUUUUUCAUGAUGUCCUUCAGGGCAAAGCAAGCAAUUAACAGCUAUGGAUAGAGAGAAUUCAGAGCUGUACCUGCGUAACUAUCAGAUUAUGUGGGAGAAUGAGAGGCUGCGGAAGAAAGCUCAACGUCUCAACCAGGAGAAUCAAGCUUUGUUAUCAGAGCUGAAACGGAAAUUAGCAGCUAUAAAUGCCAAGCGGAAACCUGAAUUUGAAGUUAAUAUGGGUUCCAGUUCUGUCAGCGAUCAAAUGGAAGCCAACAAACGUCAGGUACUGGAAUGAAAGUGAUGUUCCAAGUCACUUCC